CUUUGGUCCUUCCCACCUCUGGCAUUCUACAGCUCAAAGGUGAAAAGAACCCACAUUAGGAAGAAGUGAAGUUCUCCUAACUGGACAGAGAAAUACAGAAGUAAUGCAUCUCUAAGGUGACCUCACUCAGAGAAGCGUCUUGCUGGGAUCUACUCAUUCUAAGCAGAGGUGUGGACUCCAUGUUCUGCCAAAAUCAAGCAUGAAACCAAGCAUCAUGGAACUGAGAAGUAUUCUCUUUGUGAUUUUCAUUUUCUUCUCUGAUGCUGUGUCCGCCAUAAAGUGUCUGGCAUAUUUCAGUGAGACUGCAGACCUUCCAUGCCACUUUAUAAACCCUCAAAACAUAAGCCUGGAUGAGCUGGUUGUGUUUUGGCAGGACCAGCAUAAUCGAGUUCUGUAUGAGCUAUAUAAAGGGAAAGAGAAGCCGGAAAAUGUUCAUCCCAUGUAUAAGGGCCGCACCAGCUUGGACCAGGACAAUUGGACCCUGCGACUCCACAAUGUUCAGAUCAAGGACAGGGGCUCGUACCAAUGUUACGUCCAUCGCCAAGGGCCCAAUGGACUCGUUUCCAUCCAUCAAAAGAUUGAUAAUUACCUAUUGGUGCUCGCUAACUUCAGUCAACCUGAAAUCAGCCUAAUUUCUAAUAGAACAGAAAAUUCUGACAACAUAAAUUUUACCUGCGCAUCUACAAAAGGUUACCCGGAACCGAAGAAGAUGUCUUUUGUACUGAAAACUGAGAAUUCAACUAACGAGUAUGAUGCUCUCAUGAAUAUAUUUCAAGAUAAUAUCACAGAACUGUACAACGUUUCUGGCAGCUUGUCUCUCCCUGUGUCUCCUGAAGCAAAUGUGAGCAUCUUCUGUGUCCUGCAACCUACGCUAACACAGACAUGGCUUCGCUCCCAACCUUACAAUAUAGAUGCAAAGUCACGUAACACACGCCAGCUUUUCACAGACCAUGGCAUCCUGAUUACAACUCUACCUGUACUGUUCAUUGUGUGCGUGACGGUGGUUUCUCUAAUAGUAAAGAAAAGGAAGAAGAAGCAGCCUGGCCCCUCUCAUGAAUGUGAAGCCAUCGAAAUGGAGGGGGAAGAGAAUGAACAGGCCAAGCAAAGAGUAGAAAACCGUGUACCUGAAAGAUCUGAUGAAACCCAAUGUGUUGAUAACAUUUCGAAGACAGCCUCAGAUUUGGUGACGGUGAUGAGAUCAAAGGAGACUUCCAGCAGCUUCAGGGACAAGGAACACAAGGAUGGCACCCACGAACCCUUUGGAGUCCAUAGUCAUUCUCACCAUAUCUAGGAUCAUUUGUCAAAACUUUCCCAGAUUCCAGUUCAAAGGAUCGUAUUCAUUACAGUAUAGAGCCUGGUGACGGUAUUCUGGAAAUAUCAUCAGGGGAAGACAGCCCACGAGCCCCAUUGGAAAGAACCUUACCAAGUACUCCUGACCACUGGCAUGUUACAACUAGAAAACAUUGAGUCAUGGAUACACCUCUCAGGCUGUAUCUGACAUCUGGUCCUCUAGACGCUGGAGACCUCCAAAUCAAAUUGAUGAAGAAGGGAAGACUGCUUCCACCCAAGACGGAGUAUCAAGACUCCAACCUUAACUAAACAUGAAACACUUUCUCCUUUCCUUUCCUUUACUCUAACGUUGGCCUGGAAAGAUAACAUCAUCAUCUGUAUCUCCCAGGCUAUUACUCAAGGAGGUAACCUUUCCGAUUGGUGGAGUUGUCAAAGAUUCCGAUUUAUCCAUAAUUAUCUUGCUCAGAUUUGUCCCCACUCACUGAGAGAUCUCAACAGCAGCACCAUCUUUACAAGGUAUUUAGGAUGACUCUUUGUGUCAGGCAAGGAGAUUCUCUUCCUAUAUACAUUAAAACCUUGACUGACCCCUGGCUUAAACAGGUAAACGCAGCAAUUCCUGUGAAUAAGUCCAUUCACAGUGCCACCUUGGUGAAAUGGUUUGUGCCCAUCAGGAUUUGUCUUUGUCUGUGGUGGCUAUCAUUCUCCUUGGGCCUAUGAAUGCUAGAUAGCUGGUGCACAGCCAGGCAAUGCCUCUUAGCUUAUCUAACUGUGCCCCCUAACUGUUCACAAAUGAACUGAAACUGCUCAUUGGUCAACGCCCCUGAAUUUACAGUGUCAAGUUAGAAAGGAUUUACCAGGAGGCUUUCAUGAUUAAGGAUUCACUUCUUUCAGCAGGUCCGUACUUCUCUAGUCAGGAAUAAAUACAAAUGAGUCUAUCAUAAGGAAACUCUCCUUAGCUCUUGAAAAUAUUGCAGAAUUUGCUGUUAAAGCAAUAGCUACACCCCCAAAUCCUUAGAUUCCCAGAGAAUCUGGCCAAAGUUGUUCUUGAUAAUAGAAUAACCCCUGAUUAUCUUUUAGCUGAGCAAGGAGAUGUCUGCUGCAGCCAGCAUCACCUGCUGUACCUGGAUUCACACGUCAGGGAAGUUUAAAUACAUGUUCACAGCGGCUAACUACUAAGCAAAUGAUCUCCCUAGGAUUGGAGUGCCUAGGAGGGAACAAGAGAAAGCGACAGUCUUGAAAGUUGUGAACCUGGGGGUCUUGGCCUGAGAGUGUUCCAAGAUUUAGCAAAAUGUUGUGACCUACGAAUACCACACAGAGGAUCCACAAAAGCUGCAAGACCUACCUAGCCGUAGCUGAGACUAACACUAAUGCCUUAAUUUUUUGUCACAUGUCUCAGGCUGAGAGAUUAAAAAGGGGGAAAUUGUUAAAAAGGAAAUAACAGGCCCAAGAUGAUAGCCCUUAUAAUAGCAAACCGAAACGUAAUUGCAGUAUUCAACCUCUCCCAGAAAUGUGAACUUCAAACAAUUAAUUUGAAAUUUCCUUAUUAGCACUAGUAAGGUAAUUUACACAAUAAGACCCCUGCCAUUCUCACUCCCCCCAAAAAGAUGACUAGGCCUGAAACAAUGCUUUCUUUUUUGCAAAUAGCUCCCUUGCCCCGUCCUCUUUCUACCUAUAAAAAACUUCUACUUUGUACAAACUCUUCAGAGCACCUUCCUGCUUGCUAAAUGGGAUGCUGCCUAAUUCAUGAAUCAUCCAAUAAAGUGAAUUAAUUCUUCAAAUUUA